CUGUCAAUCAUUAUGGUCAGUCCCAACCAGACAGUAGUGACAGAGUUCGUGCUGCAAGGGUUCUCAGAGCACCCUAAUCUAAGACUAUUCCUAACUGGCUGCUUCCUGUCCUUCUACACUAUGGCUUUAAUGGGCAACAUUGUGAUUGUUGCUUUGGUCACCUCCAGCACUGGGCUCCACAGCCCCAUGUACUUUUUUCUGUGCAACUUAGCGACCAUGGACAUUAUCUGCACCUCCACUGUGUUGCCCAAGGCACUAGUUGGUCUAGUGGCUGAGGAAAAUACCAUCUCCUUCAAAGGGUGCAUGGCCCAGCUCUUCUUCCUGCUGUGGUCCGGAUCCUCUGAGGUGCUGCUGCUCACAGUCAUGGCCUAUGACCGCUAUGUGGCCAUCUGCUUUCCCCUGCACUACAGCUCUAGGAUGAGUCCACAGCUCUGCGGGGCUCUGGCCAUGGGUGUAUGGUUCAUCUGUGCUGUGAAUGCAUCUGUGCACACUGGUCUGAUGACACGGCUGUCAUUCUGUGGCCCCAAGGUCAUCACCCACUUCUUCUGUGAGAUUCCUCCACUCCUGCUCUCCUGUAGCCCCACAUAUGUGAACAGUGUUAUGACUCUUGUGGCAGACGCCUUUUAUGGAGGCAUCAACUUCAUGCUAACCCUGUUAUCCUAUGGCUGCAUCAUUGCCAGCAUCCUACACAUGCGUUCUGCUGAGGGCAAGAGGAAGGCCUUUUCUACCUGCUCAUCCCACCUCAUCGUGGUCUCUGUAUAUUACUCAUCUGUGUUCUGUGCCUAUAUCAGUCCUGCUUCUACCUACAGCCCAGAAAGAAGCAAAGUUUCCUCAGUGCUAUACUCAGUCCUCAGCCCUACCCUCAACCCUCUCAUCUAUACACUGAGGAAUAAAGAUGCCAAGGUUGCCCUAAGAAGACUGUUGCCCUCUUUCUCACAUUAA